GAUGCGCUAAAAGAGUGUGACCACAAACACGGUAAAGUGAGACGGCCUAGGUUUCUGACCGUGUGAACACUCCCUCAUGCAGUCCACUGAUUUCGUUCUAUCUCUUUCGAUCAUUUCUCAUUCUUUUUCUAAAGCAAUUGCAUGGUGCUGGGAUGCACAGUAGAAUGGUGGGGAUAGAAAAGCUCUUGUACUAGUAGACGAGAAAAACGGCUCUAAGAACGGGAGCACAUUCAGCGAGUAUCAAAAUGGCCAAAGGAUGACAAUACACAGCUGUCAGUUGAAGGAAAAAAGAGAUAUUUUGACGAGAUUCGCGGGAAAAUGUCUCAUAUUCAGUAUGUAGAUGAAUUGGUCAAGGAAUACUUACUUUUUAGAGGUUUCAGUCAAACCUUGAAAGCUUUCGACAACGAUUUAAAAGCUGAAAAGGAGAAAGGUUUUCGGGUAGACAAGAUUGUGGAUCAACUGAUGCAAUAUGUGUACAAUUAUGAUUUGACAUCUUUGAGGGAAUUAUGGGGACAUUUAGAUACAAGAAUGUUUUCUCGACUAGAGAGCCAUUUUACACCAGCUGUAAGAAAAUUAGAAAAUGCUGUUUUAAAAAUGUAUUUGGUAAAUGCAGCACUAAACAAUAAGCAAGAUCGAAUUCAAGAAUUUUUUAUGAAAAUGACACCAGAGUUGCAGGGACAUUCAGAGUGGAAGGAAUGGUUUGCAUUACCAUUUGUUAAAAAUCCAGAAGACAACCCAGCAUAUUCCGUGCAUUUUAGUAGACAAUGGCAAGACACUAUGUUAUUAUCACUGCACAAUUUCCUUGCUACUAUUUUCCAAUGUAUGCCACUACCAACAUUACUCACUAUAGACGAAGACACAAAUAAAUUAAAACGGUUGCAAGAGGAAAAUGAAGCCCUCAAGCAACGAUUAAGCGAUUCUGUUAAGAUCGACAAUGUAAUGGAUGUGAAUCCAGGACCAGCUCCUCAGCAUCCACCUAUUAUGGAUGACUUUUAUAUAAUAGCACAAGAAUCUCCUUUGCUCGAAAAUCCUAAAACUCUAAGGAACCUGAUACGAAAUAUAGGUGGAGGUUCUAGUCCGAUUUUAAGUAGAAAAUCUGCAGCAAAUUCGAAAAAGGCUACCGAACCCGAGACAGUAUCUACAAAAAGAACAAACGCCAAGGGGAAAUUGAGUUCAAUCAGUAAAUCUGAUACCGUUACCAAAAGAAGCAUUAGCUGUGAUUCAAGAUUAACUAGCUCUAGAAAAAGAGACUCGUCCAUCGAUGCGGUAGCUGAACGCAAGGCUAAAGAUAAAAUUGAUUCUACUUAUAUUCUUCUUAGCCAGGAAGAGUAUACGGAGCAUAAAACGUCAAUAAUUCAAUGUAAAAGUAAUGCGAGCGGUUCGUAUGUCGCUACAGGUGAUGCUGAUGGUAUUAUAAAAGUUUGGACUCCGAUACCAUCACCAAAGACUGUUACUACAUAUAUCUCUGCCACAGCAAACUCGAACAAAGCUAUAACAGCGUUAGACUGGAUUUCAAAGAAUGAACGUUAUUUUUUACACGGUGAUAACAACGGUUUAAUCCAGUUGCACGAUACUCGCGAUUGUAAAACUUUGUGGGACAUUCAACAUGAAAACUCCCGAAUCAUAACUCUACUCUGCAAUCCGACUGAAUCCACGUUCGUAUGUUCCGUGUCGGACUCAAACGAAGGAAAACUUUUGUUAUACGACAUUAAGACAAGAAGAUUGGAAAGAACAUUACCAUUAGAACAAAACGUAACCGCAUUAUGCUCUGCAUUUAAUCACAAUGGUCAACUUCUAAUCACAGGAUUAUCAAACGGAAAUAUUUUGAUUCAUGAUUUAAGACGGAACGAAAUUAUUGAUAAUAUUAGUUGUCAUUCGAGUCCAGUUAUCGAUAUAGAAUUAAUUAAUGAUUAUACGAACAUUUGUACUCAAAGUGAAGACGGUAAACUAUGUCAAAGGAGUUUGAAUCAUUCGGGAAAGAUUCUUUGGGAGACGAAGAUAAAAGUGGAGAAAAAUACUGUCCAUGGGAAACUGUUUACGUUCGACCAAAGCGGUAAUUAUAUGCUACUCUGUACACAAACUGGAGGAAACAUAUACAAGAUGCCACCAGGUGCACAAGCCAAAGUCUUAGAAUUAGGUGGUCAUAAAGGCACAUUGUGUUGUGAUUGGUCCACCGCCAAUCAAUCCGGAACAUGCAUAACUGGCGGUGCUGAAGGAAAAGUACGAGUAUCGACAUUGCUUUCACCAUGAUACAAAAACAGAAUUAGCAUCUGUGUGAAUUCUUAAAGCGAUUGUAAAGUUCAUUAGAUUAGCUCAAAUUUGUAGAUAAUAUUUACUUAUAUAGCACAUUCAAUGUUAGAAAAAGGUUUCACAAUUUCUAUACUAAGGACAAGUCGGAAUAAGCAGAAUCUUCAAUAUUUCUGGAAUACAUCUCGCUACUUGUCCUAAGUAUCGGAGUACGGAAUUCGAUAAUAUUCCGUAUAGGUUCGUAACAUCAUAAAGCCGGACAACAGAUCCAAGUAUUUUUUGGAAAGUACAAUGAACAGAAACGUAUCGUACAUUAGUUCAAAACUUUACUGUACUAUAAUUAUAUAAUUAAACUCACAUCAGGGACUACCAAAUGUAAAGUAUACAAAAUACUGUAAAAAGGGAUACUAUAAAUCUUAUGUUAAAAUGUAGAUCACAUGAGUAGAAAAUUUUGUAAAAAAAAUAAAAUAAAAGUAAGAAACUGUACUAAUUUAUGUAAUAGCAGUCAUGUGAAAAACUAGCGAUCUAAGUUAAACAGUGUAGGAGGUACAGGAACAUGUCAAUAAACAUUGGUCAAUUUUAAAAUA